CCUUAUUGCUACGACCACCUUGGGCUCGUUGCACCCCCUCCUCGUCACCCUCAGACCGGGGCCGACACUCCACAUCCCUUAUAUACCUGUUGGCGACAUCGACCAUGGCUACAGAGGGCGACGUUGAGACUAAUAGAAAAGCUGCCCUAGACGGACUAAGGUUCCGCAAAACAACACGACAGGAACCGUCUGAUGUUGGAAGUUUUCAGCCUGAGCUCAACACCAUCCCAAUGCGUUCUUUGCCAGCACAGUCGAGAGAUGCUUCAUCCACCUUUCGCUACCACCCACCUGCCACACCGUCCACCACCGCAACGGUACUCGUUCCCAACUCAAGCCCUCUCUCUGCAGACAACCACUACCAGCAGCCAUCCUAUCCACAUCAACAGAGAAGCGCAUACGAGUCGUCCUCUGCGCCAGGCCUCAGUCACUAUUCCUCGUGGAAUUUUGCAAACCAGCCCACCGCUCUCGAUCCCCUGUCUUCCUCCAGCGGCUUCCUCAACGGCGGCCUGCCCGUCCCCGCUCACGCGUCUUUUACGCGUCAUCAAGCAGGUGAUACCCGGAGAUUAUCGGACGUUGAUGGGUUUGCGGACGACGGUCCUCCUAGGAAGCGGAUUAACCGUGGCGACCACCUCCAGUUGCCAGGUGAGCGCACGUCUGGGCAAUCCAACGUGCUCGUGCCCGACUCCCCAGAUAUACAACGGCCUAGCUACAGACGGAAGGUAAACGCAGAGUCAGCUUCGUCAGAUGACUCGUUACCGGAUAUUCGACAUUCGUUGGGUACGCCUCCCCCAGGGAGGUCGCGCAUCGUGCGAGGGCAGCGCCCUGGUUUCUCCGAAGUUACUGCGCAGAAGGAAAUGACGCAGAGCAAGGAUGCGUUCACCAAAUUCAAAAUAUUGAAUCCAGAGCGAGAUCCCAUGCUCGUGCAAGCCGCAUGGGUGCAAGCUGGGGGAGAUAUCAAGAAGGCAACCGACCUGUUACACGAUCCGUCAUGGAAACCUCCGCCUCCCGUUCGUCGACAGAGUCCAUCCAUGCUAGUUUCUGACGUUCCCAACGAGACUGGUCGGGUGGCCGAAGUGGAUGAAGCCACCAAGGCAUCCCGCGCUGCUAUGAAAGAGAAAGCAAAGAAAUCGUCGAUAUAUGCUAACAGAGUCGUCCUCGAUAUCACACCAACCACUCCCAUAGCCUCAACUUCCUUUGUAGCCUCUCCCAUGUCGCCAUCUACUCCCCUGGUCAAACCUCCCCGACGGAGACGCUUGAACGCUGCGCUCAUGUCAGAUUCAGAGGAGUCAGAUACUGAUAGCCGCUCUUAUUCGAAGCGACUGCCUGUUGAGAGGAGCGCGUUCGACUACUUCAAUACAGCCAAAUCGGAUGCGCUUCAAGAGUUGACUGGUUGCACUCCAGAGCAAGCCGGGGUAAUUGUGUCAUUACGACCAUUCUGCUCCGUCGAUGACCUCAUCAUCAAACUUGGUCAGGGCAAAAAGAAGGCAGGACCAGCCGGCAUUAGCCCUCGAAUAUUCGAAGAUUGUCAAACGGUGCUGAGUGGCUAUGGCGCUGUGGACAAUGUACUUGAGAAGUGUGAACGCAUUGGAGCGAGUUUGCGUGCUGCUAUUGCUUCGUGGGGUUCCGAAGAUGACGAUAGGAAAGGCAAAGGCAAAGAAGACUUUACUCUGGGUGAAGUUGAGGAUGGCUCAUUGAGCUUACACUCGUUGGAUGUGGUCAAGGGUAAUGCAUCGAAGCAAUAUAUUGCAACGCAGCCGGCAAUGCUGCCAGACGGAGUGACUCUAAAGGAAUACCAGUUGUUGGGUGUCAACUGGCUAUACCUCCUCUAUAUGAGAGAGUACAGUUGCAUACUUGCAGAUGAGAUGGGUCUGGGUAAAACCAUCCAAGUGAUUAGCUUUUUCGCACAUAUGAAGGAGAGAGGAAACGUCGGCCCUCACCUUAUUGUUGUACCAUCUUCUACACUGGAGAACUGGUGUAGAGAAUUUGCACGUUUUGCACCAUCUAUAUCCAUCCAGACGUAUUAUGCCGGAAAAGAAGACCGUCCAGCACUUCGACAAACCCUUCUUGACACACAGCGCCGCCGUAGCAAGAAUGGUACUGGCUGGGAGGUUCUCAUCACCACGUAUAAUCUAGCACAAGGUGAUGAGCGGGACCGCAAAUUCUUCAGAAAAAUGGAAUGGGACAGCAUCGUUUUCGAUGAGGGUCACGUCCUGAAGAACUUCCAGUCACAGCGGUACCAGGCACUGCUCAAGUUCGAGGCUAGAUGGCGCCUCCUCCUUACCGGCACCCCACUGCAGAAUAACUUACAGGAACUUGUGUCUCUUCUUAACUUCAUCUUACCCAAUCUGCUUGGCGACGCCAUGGACUCCCUGCGAGCCAUAUUCAAGACCAAAGGUGAUGCCAAGGUCACCUUACUAUCACAAGAGCGCGUAUCGAGAGCAAAGAAGAUGAUGACACCCUUUGUCCUGCGACGACGAAAAGACCAGGUACUUCACGACCUCCCUCUGAAAGUGGAACGAGUAGAGUGGUGUGAGAUGACGGAUCUCCAACGAUCUAUUUACGAAGACGCGCUGCAGCGUUCCAGGAAGACCAUUUUGGAGGUAGAGUCCAAAACACCGAGCACCUCAGGUGCUUCAACACCGAACUUAGCCGGGAAGCCUGCGAAGAAACCCAAAGGAACUCGCCCGAAGGACAAAUAUGCCGAGAACAGUUCCAAUGUGCUCAUGGAUCUGCGGAAGGCGGCUUCGCACCCCAUGCUCUUUAGAAAGCUCUUCACGGACCAAAUUUUAACUUCAAUGACGAAAAUCUUGCUCAAGGAACCUGACUUUAAAAAACGAGGUGCCGUAUUCGAGUAUGUCAAGGAAGACAUGGAGGUCAUGACAGAUGCCGAGUUGCAAUUCUUCUGCCAAGGUUACAAGUCCACUCGCAAGUUCCUUCAAGACGAGACAUGCUACCUCAACUCUGGCAAGGUUAUGGUGUUGCUGAAGCUGCUAGAGGCAUAUACUGCUCAAAAACGCAAGGUUCUGAUAUUUUCUCAGUUCACUCAAAUCUUGGAUAUCCUUCAAGCUAUCCUGAAGCUCAAAAAUACCAAAUAUCUGAUAUUGACAGGAUCAACCGCGGUAGACGUCCGACAAUCACUAGUUGACGAAUUCACUGAGGAUGAAUCGAUACCUGUGUUUCUCUUGUCGACCAAGGCUGGGGGAAUGGGGAUUAAUCUUACAGCUGCGAGCGUGGUCAUCAUGUUUGACCAAGACUUUAAUCCCCACAAUGACCGGCAGGCUCAGGAUCGUGCCUACCGCAUUGGCCAAAAGCGUGAUGUCGAGGUAGUAAAAUUGAUCACGCGGGGUACGAUCGAGGAGGACAUGUUACGUUUAGGCGAAACCAAGCUGGCACUGGACGAAGCUGUGGCUGGUGAGGGUGAGGACGGCGAUGGUGACAAGGGGGAGAACACGCAAGAAAAGGAGAUGAAGAUGUCAUUGAUGAACGUACUGAGGAAACAGCUGGAGCAACAGGAUGCUGUGGCGCCUCUACCUACUGCAUAAUCGGAGGUAUCGAGCAGAGGGUAAUGUGAGGGACAUAGGGGCUAAUUUUCCUGAUAAUGCUGUAAUGUAGCUAU